AUGUCGAUGUUUCUAGCAAGCGAACAGCACCGUGCGCCUGUUCUUCCAGCCACAAAGGACUUCCGCUCCACAAACUACACUUCCCAAAAUGCAUCGUCACCACAGACUACUGCCCCCAGCGGCCAGAGCGGUGUGAGCUCCAGGGCCGCUCCGCUCCAGCAGCAGCCGCUCUCGGGCCCCCUCCUCUCGGCUGCAGCUGGCGGAACUCAUUUCACACCAGAGAAAAUGGCGAGUCCAGGGAAAGAGUGCUUCCGGCUGAAGAGCUACAAGAACAACGCUCUGAACCCACAGGAGAUGAGGAGACGCAGGGAGGAGGAGGGGGUGCAGCUGCGCAAACAGAAGAGGGAGGAGCAGUUGUUCAAAAGGAGGAACGUGUCUCUGCCAAACGAUGAGUCCAUGUCGGAGUGUCCCAUCCAGGAUCCGGACAUCAGCACCACAGUGCCCAUGGCCGGGGACGCAGUGAUCUCUCCGGACAUGAUCCAGAUGAUUCUCUCGGAGGAUCCGGACCAGCAGCUGCUCGCCACACAGAAGUUCCGGAAGCUUCUGUCCAAAGAGCCGAAUCCGCCCAUAGACGAGGUCAUUUCUACUCCAGGAGUCGUGAGCCGCUUCGUGGACUUCCUCCAGAGAACAGACAACUGCACUCUGCAGUUUGAAGCGGCCUGGGCUCUCACCAACAUCGCCUCAGGGACGUUCCUUCACACUAAAGUGGUGAUCGAGACCGGAGCUGUUCCCAUCUUCAUCAAACUGCUCAACUCUGAGUACGAGGACGUGCAGGAGCAGGCGGUGUGGGCUUUGGGGAACAUCGCCGGAGACAAUGCAGAGUGCAGAGACUACGUCCUGGACUGCGGGAUCCUGCCCUCGCUGCAGCAGCUUUUGGACAAGUCGACCCGUUUGACCACAACGAGAAACGCAGUGUGGGCUCUGUCCAAUUUGUGCCGAGGGAAGAACCCGCCUCCGGACUUCACCAAGGUGUCUCCGUGCCUCAGCCUCCUGUCCCGCCUCCUCUUCAGCAGUGACCCUGAUGUCCUGGCUGAUGCCUGCUGGGCUCUGUCUUAUCUCUCUGAUGGACCCAACGAGAAGAUCCAGACCGUCAUUGACUCUGGGGUCUGCCGCCGCCUCGUGGAGCUGCUCAUGCACAGUGACUACAAAGUGGUGUCUCCUGCUCUUCGUGCUGUGGGGAACAUUGUGACGGGAGACGACAUCCAGACACAGGUGAUCCUGAACUGCUCCGCGCUGCCCUGCCUCCUGCACCUCCUCAGCUCCCCCAAAGAGUCCAUCAAGAAGGAGGCGUGUUGGACCGUGUCGAACAUCACCGCUGGCAACAAGGCGCAGAUACAGAAUGUGAUUGAUGCAAACAUCUUCCCGGUGCUGAUUGAGAUCCUUCAGAAAGCAGAGUUCAGGACCAGGAAGGAGGCGGCUUGGGCCAUAACCAACGCCACGUCAGGAGGCACCGCGGUGCAGAUCAGAUACCUGGUAUCUCUGAACGUCAUCAAACCCCUGUGUGACCUGCUGACCGUCAUGGACUCUAAGAUCGUCCAGGUGUCGCUGAGCGGCUUAGAAAACAUCCUGAGACUCGGAGAGAAAGAAGCCAAGAAGAACGGCUCCGGCAUCAACCCGUACUGCGCACUCAUCGAGGAGGCCUACGGCCUGGACAAGAUCGAGUUCCUGCAGAGCCACGAGAACCAGGAGAUUUACCAGAAAGCCUUCGACCUGAUCGAGCGAUACUUUGGCGUGGAGGAGGAGGACUCGAACCUGGCUCCACAAGUCGACCAGAACCAGGCUCAGUUCCUGUUCCAGCAGGGGGACGGCCCCAGCGAGGGAUUCCAGCUCUAA